CGAGGCAGUUAAAUAGGACCAAGGCUUGUGCCUACAUAAAACCCUCCGGUGAUUUCCUAUCACAAUCGGAAUGAACUCCGGACUCCUGAGCGCCCAGAGAGGAAGAGCCACACCUCCCCGUCCGCCCCGCCCCCGUGCCAGCCGGCUCCGCCCCCAGCCGACCCAAUUCAUUGCGCAUGCGCCCCGACCUGACCUGGAAGAGGCUGUCUUCCGAGCCCACGUGUUCGACGAGCAUGGCGGAGCCGGCGAGUGUGGAAGUCAUCGAGCCUCUGGCUCCGGGAGAGGCCCAGAAGAGCGGCGCCCGGCCUGCCGACCGUCAUGGCCUGCUCAAGCACAGCCGCGAGUUUUUGGACUUCUUCUGGGACAUUGCGAAGCCGCAGCAGGAGACGCGGCUUGAGGCUACAGAGAAGCUGCUGGAAUAUCUGCGCGCAAAGCCGAAGGGAUCUUCCGAGAUGAAGUACGCCCUGAAGCGCCUAAUCACUGGGCUCGGGGGUGGACGAGAAGCAGCCCGGCCCUGCUACAGUUUGGCCCUGGCACAGCUGUUACAGUCUUUCGAAGACAUCCCUUUGGGCAGCAUCCUGCAGCAAAUACAGGAGAAACAUGACCUGCAGAAGGUUAAGAAGGGGAUGAUGAGACCUGCCCUCUUUGGAAACCUGUUUGGUGUGCUAGCCCUCUUUCAGUCAGGCAGGCUAGUGAAGGACUCAGAAGCACUGAUGAAGUCAGUGAAGCUGCUGCAGGCCCUGGGCCAGCAUUACAAUCACCUUCAGGAACAGCCCCAGAAGGCCCUGGUGGACAUCCUCUCUCAGGUCCCGGAGACCACGCUGCAGGAGAUCCUGCCCAAGGUCCUCAAGCCUGACAUGAAUUCAGUUCUCGGCUCCCCUGAGCACCUGGAGCUCUUCCUCUUGGCCCAGCAGAAGGUGCCCAAGAAGCUGGAGAAGCUGAUGGGACCGGUCAACCUGUUCUCGGACGAGAACAUCCCAAGGCUGGUGACUGUGCUAAAGACGGUGGCCAACUCUGUGAAGAAGGAACGCAAGCUGCCCACCAUGGCUCUGGACCUGCUCCGCCUGGCGCUCCAGGAGGACAAGUUCCCAUGGUUCUGGAAGGAGGUUGUGGAGCAGGGGCUCCUGAAGAAGCAGUUCUGGCCGGCCAGCUACCUGUGCUUCCGCCUGCUGGGCGCAGCCCUGCCCCUGCUGUCCAAGGAGCAGCUGCAGCUGGUGAUGCAAGGGGACCUGAUCCGACAUUACGGGGAGCACAUGGUCACCGCUAAGCUCCCGAAGCAGUUCAAGUUUGCCCCGGAGAUGAACGAGUACGUGGGGGCCUUCCUGGAAGGCUGCAAGGACGACCCCGAGCGGCAGCUGGCCCUGGUAGUGGCCUUCACGUCCAUCACCAACCAGGGCCUCCCUGUGGUGCCCACCUUCUGGCGGGUCGUGCAGUUCCUGAGUCCCACCGCCCUCAAGGGCUACGUGGCCUGGCUGCGGGACAUGUUCCUCCAGCCUGACCUGGACUCCUUGGUGGACUUCAGCACCUACAACCAGAAGAAAACCCAAGAUGCUUCGUUCCAUGGGCCCGAGCGAGCUGUGUUCCGGCUGCGGAAGUGGAUCAUCCUUCGCCUGGUCAGCAUCGUGGACAACCUGCACGUGGAGAAGGAGGAGGCGCUGAUCGAGGAGGUGGCCAGGUUUUGCUUCUUCCACUCGUUCUUCGAGACAAAGAAGCCCACGUCGCAGAUCCCUGAGUCCGAGCAGCACUUCACCCUCGCCUUGGAUGGCCGGACCCGGGAGGUGGUGUGCAGUGCCUUCUUCAGUCUGCUUCAGACCCUCAGCACGCAGUUCAGGCUGGCGCCAGAGCAGACGGCAGACGGGCGGCCCUGGACCUACCACUUGGUGCAGUUCGCAGACAUGCUGCUGAAUCACAGCCGCAAUGUGGCUCCACUGACAGCCUUCACCACGCAGCAGCGCCAAGCCUGGGACCGGAUGCUGAAGACGCUGAAGGAACUGGACACCCUCUCUUCAGAGGCCAAGGCCACUGCCUUCCAGCACCUGCUACUCUUGGUGGGCAUCCACCUCUUCAAGUCCCCCGCAGAAAGCUGUGACCUCCUGGGCGACAUCCAGACCUGCAUCAAGAAGAGCCUGGGGGAGAAGACCCGCCGGACCCGUUCCAAGGCCACCAACCCCCAGGAGCCGCCGUGGGUGGAGGUGCUGGUGGAGAUCCUGCUCUCCCUCUUGGCCCAGCCCAGCCACCUGAUGCGCCAGGUAGCCCGCAGCGUGUUCGGCCACGUCUGCUCCCAUCUGACCCUACGUGCCCUGCAGCUCAUCCUGGAUGUGCUGAACCCGGAGGAGAGCCAGGACGAGGACGACAACGUGGUGGUGACAGAUGACUCUGAGGAGCAGCCGCUGGGGGGUGCGGAGGACAAGAGCUCAGACGGCGAGGACAGCAAGGGCAGCAAAGGCUCAGAGAGUGAGGAGGAGAGCGAUGACGACAGCGACGAGGAGGACCGAGACGGGGACGUGGACCAGGGCUUCCGGGAGCAGCUGAUGGCGGUGCUGCAGGCCGGGAAGGCGCUGGGCGGAGCGGACAGUGAGGAUGACGACGACGAGGAGCUAGGGGACGAGGCCAUGAUGGCCCUGGACAAGAGCCUGGCCAGCCUCUUUGCUGAGCAGAAGCUGCGCAUCCAGGCCCGGAAGGACGAGAAGAACAAGCUGCAGAAGGAGAAGGCGCUGCGGCGGGACUUCCAGAUCCGGGUCCUAGACCUGAUCGAGGUGCUGGUGACCAAGCAGCCCGAGAACCCCCUGGUCCUGGAGCUGCUCGAGCCGCUGCUGCUCGUCAUCCGGCGGAGCAUGCGCAGCAACAGCAGCGCCAAGCAGGAACAGGACCUGCUGCACAAGACGGCGCGCAUCUUCACGCAUCACCUGUGCCGCUCCCGGCAUUACUGCCGCACGGCGGGCGACCGCGUGGAGACUCUGUACGCCCGGCUGGAACAGCUGGUGCAGCAGGCCAGCCAGCAGGCUGACUCCUCCGUCGCCCUCUACCACUUCAACGCCUCCCUCUACCUGCUCCGCGUCCUGAGGGGCAGCACCGUGGACAAGCCCGCCCACAAGGCCCAGAAGAAGGAGAAAGCCAGCAAAGAUGCCAGCUCCCAGUCCCAGGGCCCGGAGGCUGCCAGCUGCCUGGACUUGAGCCUUGUGACCCCGAUCUACUCGUCAGCGCUGAGCUCCUUCCUGACCAAGCGCAACAGCCCCCUCACGGUCCCCAUGUUCCUCAGCCUCUUCGCCCGGCACCCGAUGCUCUGUAAGAACCUACUCCCCAUCGUGGUCGAGCACGUGACAAGCCACACGCGGCCCCGCCAUCAGGUCCAGGCCUGCUUGCUGCUCCAGAAGACCCUGCCCACACGGGAGCUACGCGUGUGCUUUAAGGACCCAGAGUGGAAGCAGCUGCUGGGCCAGACCCUGGGGAAGGUCACCGAGAUCCUGCGGACGCUGGGCGAGGCUGAGACCAAGUCGGGGCACCAGAAGGAUCUGGCGGCCUUGGAGCUGCUCAACACUCUGUUCAGGAAUUUCUAUCACGAGAAGCUGACCGUGAGCCUGACCGCCAUCCUGGGUGUGCUGCAGAGCCAGCAGCCGAGGCUGCAGCAGAGGCUACAGCAGGGCGGGCACUCGGCAGGGUCCAGCCGCCUCCACGACCUCUACUGGCAGGCCAUGAAGUUCCUCGGAGUCCAGCGCCCCAAGCCAGAGAAGGAUACCAAGGAGGCCCCUCAGGCCACACAGCAGAGCCCCGUUAGCAUGAAGCGGAAGAAAAAGGGCUUCUUGCCAGAGACCAAGAAGCGCAAGAAACGUAAGCCUGAGGCCACCACGCAGGAGGUGGCGGCGGCCAAGCCUGAAGCUGCCAGUGGGGACCAGCCCCCCAGCGCCGGCAAGAAGAAGAAGAAGAAGAAGAUGAAGACGACCAAGUCCCCAGCACAGUCCCAGGUGAAUGGGACAUCUGCUGCCAAGAGUCCGACCCCAGAGCCCCCUGCUGUGAGCCCCAGCACCCCCACCAAGACCCCAAAGCCACAGAAGAAAAGCCAGAAGCUGUCCCAGAUGAACGAAGCCACUCCCCUGCCUCGUCAAUCCCCGGAGGAGCCGGCUGCCAAAAAGCGUCAGAAGAAACUGCCCCAAAAGGGAGUUUCAGGCAAGUCGCCACAGUCCGCGCUGCCUCGGAAAAAGGCCAGGUUGUCCUUGGCCAGCAGGAGCCCCAGCCUCCUCCAGAGUGGGGCCAAGAAGGUGCAGCUGAGGAAGGCGAAAAAGCUCUGAGUGACCCCCCUCACCCUGUUGUGCUCAGUCCUGACUUGCAACCCCGUGGACUGUAGCCUACCAGGCUGCUUCUAUCCAUGGGAUUUUACAGGCUAGAAUACUGGAGUGGGUUGCAGUCAUUCCCUUCUCCAAGAGAUCUUCCAGACCCAGGGAUCGAACCGCAGCUCCUGCCUUGCAGGCAGAUUCUUUACCCACUGCACCACCCUAGAGACUUUUUUUCACCAUGAUUUUAAUAAACCAGCUACUGUCUAAGGUUCUACCUUCUA